AUGUGUCUGGGAUGCAGCAGUGAAAGAAAGAGAGCUGAAAGAGUGAGAGAGACAGAGACACAGAGAGAGAGAGAGAGAGAGAGAGAGAGAGAGAGAGCUGUUAUUUAGGUCUGUUACAGCAGACAGGGAGCAGCUCGCCCUAGGGCAGGGGGAGACGAUAAAGCAACACUGAACUCAGAACAGCACAUUCAGCUACAGAUACAGCCAGGCAGGAACCAGCCCUGCAUUCCAGCUGAGGGGAAGGGAAAGAAGGUAUAGAAACUGAAGUGCCAGCAGGAAAGGAUAGAACAAACGGCAGAGAGAGAGAGAGAGAGAGAGAGAGAGAGAGAGAGAGAGAGAGAGGGAGAGAAGGAGAAGGAAGGAAGGAAGGAAGGAAGGAGAAGGUAGCAGCAACACAUCAACACAAGGGUUUGAACCGGGACCUUCACUGCUGCUACUGUUGUUGUUGUUGUUGUUGUACUACGGUAAGGUGACCUAACUACUCCAGGAACAAGGAAGGGGGGGUACAGCAGCAGGUUUAACCUGUGUGUUCUCAGGAGGUAGGGACUAGGGAGGGGGUACAGUAAAAGGAGGUUGAAAGCUCCACCACCAUGUUUGACUGUAUGGAAGCUCUGGGGAUGGGCCCACGCCAGCUAUAUGAUGUCACCAGCCGGGGUGCAUGCAUGCUGCGGAAGGCGAGCCCCUUCUUCGCAGGGCUGGACCCCUUCGCUUGGACCGGCAGUGCCAGCGUUCAAUCGGUGGAGACCCAGAGCACCAGCUCUGACGAGAUGGUCCCCAGCUCUCCCUCUCCACCUCCCCCACCACGCAUCUACAAACCCUGCUUCGUGUGCCAGGACAAGUCCUCUGGAUACCAUUACGGAGUCAGCUCAUGUGAGGGCUGCAAGGGUUUCUUCCGACGCAGUAUCCAGAAGAACAUGGUGUACACCUGCCACCGAGACAAGAACUGCCAGAUCAACAAGGUCACCAGGAACCGCUGCCAGUACUGCCGACUGCAGAAGUGCUUUGAGGUCGGCAUGUCCAAGGAAGCGGUGCGUAAUGACAGGAACAAGAAGAAGAAAGACGUGAAGGAGGAGUUGGUGUUGCCAGAGAGUUAUGAGUUGAGUGGAGAACUGGAGGAGCUGGUCAACAAAGUCAGCAAAGCCCACCAAGACACCUUCCCCUCACUGCUGCAGCUGGGCAAAUACCACACCAACUCCAGUGCAGAGCAACGCGUGCAGCUGGACCUGGGGCUGUGGGAUAAGUUCAGUGAGCUUUCCACCAAGUGCAUCAUCAAGAUCGUGGAGUUUGCCAAGCGCCUCCCCGGCUUCACCACCCUCACCAUCGCUGACCAGAUCACCCUCCUCAAAUCAGCCUGCCUGGAUAUCCUGAUGUUGAGGAUCUGCACCCGCUACACUCCAGAGCAGGACACCAUGACCUUCUCAGACGGGCUGACCCUGAACCGGACCCAGAUGCACAACGCAGGCUUCGGCCCGCUCACAGACCUGGUGUUUGCCUUUGCUGGCCAGCUGCUGCCUCUGGAGAUGGAUGACACAGAGACGGGCCUCCUCAGCGCCAUCUCCCUCAUCUCUGGAGACCGUAUGGACCUGGAAGAGCCCCAGAAGGUGGACAAGUUGCAGGAGCCCCUCCUGGAGGCCCUGAAGAUCUACGCACGGCGCAGACGCCCCAACAAACCCCACAUGUUCCCGCGCAUGCUGAUGAAGAUCACUGACCUCAGAGGCAUCAGCACUAAGGGGGCAGAGAGAGCCAUCACUCUGAAGAUGGAGAUCCCAGGCCCCAUGCCUCCUCUGAUCAGGGAGAUGUUAGAGAACCCAGAAGCAUUCGAGGACCAAACAGAGAGCAGUGGAGAGAGCUCCCCACCGCCUGCCCCUCCACCCAUUCCACCAGCCUCCUCCAAGCCCCCCACCACCAUGAAGACUGAGGCUGAGGACGAGGAGGACAGCUGGAGGACAGAGCCUUCCCCAGAGGAGGAAGAUGAGGAUGACUAUGAUGAUGGGGAGGAGGAGGAUCGGGACAGGGGCUCGGACAGCGAGGGGGAAUCCUGGGCUCUGGAGGGUAGCAGCGAAGGGGCUAGGAAGAACCAUGCCGGGAGGGCGCAGUGAGGAGGAGAGAUAUCACAGAUAUGCAGACUCUACACUCAAACACACACACUAACUGACGUAAUCAAACACACACACACAGAACAGGACAGAGCAGGACAGAGCAGAGCAGGACAGGACAGAACAGGACAGGACAGAACAGAACAGCGUAGGACAGGGCAGGACAGAACAGCGUAGGACAGAACAGGGCAGGACAGGACAGGACAGGACAGAACAGCGUAGGACAGGGCAGGAAGGAAAGGACAGGGAAGGAUAGGACAGAACAGCAUAGGACAGGGCGGGAAAGGACAGGACAGGGAAGGACAGGACAGAACAGAACAGCAUAGGACAGGGCGGGAAAGGACAGGACAGGGAAGGACAGGACAGAACAGAACAGAACAGCGUAGGAAAGGGCAGGAAAGGAAAGGACAGGGAAGGACAGGACAGCAGAGCCAUAUGGUUGCCUGUAUAGACACUAUAACUCAGGUUCCCUGACUCGCAGGUUCUUGACAAGUGCCAUGCAGUGAGACUAUAAUAAAACGAGAGACGGAGAAACCACAUGAUGCAACCGUCUGGACUUGUGACUCGUGAUAUAGAGAAGAGAGAAGAUGACAAGAAUACUAUCUUUGACGAAGCAAAUGUCAAUUUUUUUACUAUCUUCUUGUUUGUAUCUAUAUAGAGGAAUGUCCAAACCAGACAGCAUGAACUGAACAGUAAAUACGGAUGCCAAGCAAAGCACACUUCUCAAAAAGAAAUACAGAAUGAAACCAAACUGAAAAUGCUAAUUAAUUUGUUGGGCUUUUAAAAAUGUUUUAAUUUCUUCUUGUUUUAUUUUCUUUAUUUUUAUUUUUAUUUCAAUUUAUGAAUAAGUCCCUGCAUAUCUAUAUACCAUUAUAUUAUUAGUCUUUGUUUGUAAUCCUGGUUUUGAUUUCUUCAGAUUAGGUUUUGUGUUUGAGGAGUUUUCCAGCGGCGAUAUAGAGAGAUUUGGAAUCAGAAUCAGAACCGGCAUACCGCUAGCUGAAUCUCCUUUCCAACUGGUGUUUUUUGGGCACUUUUGCUCGCCAUAGAUGUCGAUGAUAAUCAAUUCAGUAAUGUUAACUUGUGUUAGAGUGACUCAAGUUGUGAUUUGUUGUUAUCAGGGGACUGGCAUUAAUCCAUGUGCUUUCUUUCAACACAACAAACUAUGCUGCCAAUUGGACAUGUGUCUUUGUGCCAAAGUUCGCAACUCAUUUUCAGAAACAGAGAGUCAGUGACCCUAGACACCAACCAGUGCUCACACACACAUCAAAUAUUCACGCCUAAAUUAGACACACAAACACACAAACACACACACAUACACACACUAAAUCUCGGCUCUAUAACAGAUGUGCCAUAUUGGUUUGGGUGCUUAGACAGAGAUUGACACUUGUCCAUAUAUGUAGCACUUUGAUAUCCUGUUUUUAAAUCAGGCAACGCUAGCAAAGUUACAAUACAAUCCAACUUUAUUAAAUCAGGCAAUGCUAGCAAAGUUACAAUACAAUACAACAAUAUUAAAUCAGGCAACGCUAGCAAAGUUACAAUACAAUACAACAAUAUUAAAUCAGGCAACGCUAGCAAAGUUACAAUACAAUACAACAAUAUUAAAUCAGGCAAUGCUAGCAAAGUUACAAUACAAUACAAUACAACAAUAUUAAAUCAGGCAAUGCUAGCAAAGUUACAAUACAAUACAAUACAACAAUAUUAAAUCAGGCAAUGCUAGCAAAGUUACAAUACAAUACAAUACAACAAUAUUAAAUCAGGCAAUGCUAGCAAAGUUACAAUACAAUACAAUACAACAAUAUUAAAUCAGGCAAUGCUAGCAAAGUUACAAUACAAUACAAUACAACAAUAUUAAAUCAGGCAAUGCUAGCAAAGUUACAAUACAAUACAAUACAACAAUAUUAAAUCAGGCAACGCUAGCAAAGUUACAAUACAACAAUAUUAAAUCAGGCAAUGCUAGCAAAGUUACAAUACAAUACAAUACAACAAUAUUAAAUCAGGCAAUGCUAGC